AUGGAUGCAGCUCUCGCAUGGUUCAGCUUGAAUUCCUUCGGGGACUACCUUGCUGCGGUACACAAUGGAAAGACAAUCGUUACAGUGGACAUGUCAGCACGCGCUAAGGAAAAACCUGGAAAUAUUUCAGGCUACUUGGGCACAAAGUGGGGUCCUUUCAAAGGUGGUCAUCAUGAUUUGUGCACAAUGCACACGAAACAAGCGCUGUGCUAUAAAAAGCUGGCGAAAGGGAGCGAAGUUUGUCCGAGGUUAAAAUGA